GGAACGGAUAUAAAAGUGCGCCAAACCACUGCAAAAUACAAAAAGAUUUUUUAGAAAAUAUAAAAAUAAAAUAAAAGAAAUUAAGUGGCAAAAAAUAAACAAAUAUUUCACAGUUUAAGAAAAAUAAUUAGUUACCACAGAAUACAGUGCCAGUUUUUUACUUUAAAUGAGAUCGGAAAAGAUAAUACUUUACAAAUAUAAUAAAUAUCAAAAACAACAAGGUCUCAAACGUCUUCCGUUCCCUCCAUUUUCCUAAUGGAUACAAAUUGUCAAUCACAUCAAAAGACUGCCUGAGAAUACCACACCCAAACCUUGGAUUCCUAUAUAACGCUAUUUGUAUUUAUCGGCGCGGCUGUAGCAGAGAUUUCUUAACAAAAAAUCAAUAAAUAUGAAUUUAAAUUGCUGAAAGUGUUCGACGGCGGGCAUAAAUAAGUAAUAUCGCAUAUGGUUCCAGGCGACUGACUGCCCCAGUGGCUUCUAAUCCUUCUGGUAAUUGACGUUUGAUUGGACGUGCCCGGCCAUGAAGAGGACCAACUUGCCACCUGUCCGCGGCGUGCCCAUGCAUUAAACAGGGCGGGUAGAAGGCACCCGCACCAAGCAGCUAGAACCACCCACCAAGCCCCGAAGGAACCCAAAACAGCCCCACACACAUGACCGCGUCACGAGCGGCGAAACGAACGUGACACAUGGCGAUGUACUUUUAUGCCAGCAAGAUAUCAGCCAUCGCCUGCGGAACGCGUUGCAAGCAGACCGUGCUGCAGAAGUCGCGGGGUCAACGCGAUCGGGACAAAUGUCAGAGGCACCAACACUCGCAUCCUCAUCAGCACCACCGGCGCCACCAUCGGCGGCGGUGCCACAUUAGCAGUAAUAGCAGCAGCUCCGACAGCGAGUCUGCGGAUGACUGCUGCCUGGAGGCGGGGGCGGGAGUGGAUGCGGAGGUGCCACCUCCUGGUGGCAUAUUCUCCCUGGACUCGGGACAUCUGACGGCGGAGAUGGCUCUUCUCGGCGGCAACAUUCGCUACAGGCGGCGACACAGCGCCGAGCAGCUAAGCGCCUACGAUCUGGAAAUGGGGUUUCAGCAAUUAGAGCUUGGCACCACGAAAUCGGUUGGGCCCAAAAACGACGAUUUGGUUCAAUAUGAUGUGCCCAAAAACCCGCACAAACGCAGCCAAUGUGAUAUUAAUUUCGAGAGCUCGGUUUUGGGCUCCGGUGGCAUUAUGUACAUAAAUGGUAGAAUAGUUUCUGGACCACUGGACUCCCUCAUCGAAACACUCUUGCCCAAGGAUGUCGUUGACUUAGAUAAGGAAUUUGUAUUCUCGUUUUUAUUAUCCUGCCGCUUGUUCCUGCGACCCCAUGAAUUGCUGGGCAGACUGCUGGACUCGGUACCUGAUAGCGAAUGCCUGGAGUCCCUGGUUUCCGUGCUGGCCGAGUGGACGAUGAAGUUCCCCUACGACUACCGGGAUGAGCGGAUGAUGAGCCAUGUCAAACAUAUCGUUGCCAGAUGUUCCAAUUCGCAUUUGGAGGCCGCUGUCUCCCAAACACUGAGUGCCUUACUAAAACGACUGACUGAUUUAGAGAGACAUGAGGCGGACCUACGAGCCUGCCAGACCAACGACAAGUCCGCAGCAGAUACUCCGCUCAACUGUCCGACGGCCACGCAGUACGCACAAAUCGUUUGUCGAGUGGAAAAGAAACUGGCCAAGCACAUUGGCGGCGAGGAGUUCCUCCAGUGCAGCAGCAUGAUCCUGCUCGAUAAACAGAAGAAAUGGGACCAACCAUCCAUGUCGGGCGCACCGCCAGGCGCCCAGGAUCCGAAGAAGACGUGCAACCUGGAAACCUAUCUGGAUUGGUCGGCACGUCUCCGUCUGUUUGUCUGCAACGAGAUCCUGCAGAGCGUCGGAAUCGAGGGCCGCAGCCGAACCGUGGAGCUCUGGAGUGGAGUGGCCCAGUAUUGCCUCCUUGUGGGCAACUACAACAGUGCCACGGCCAUUUUGGAGUCCCUGGAAUCGCCGGCCAUAGCCAGGCUGAAAAUUACGUGGAGUAAAUUGCAAGUGACGUGUCAACAAUUGGACUGCAUGCAGCGCCAUGCCGAGGGCCAUGGACAUUUAUGGCAGAAGCAGGCCAUCGUCCUAAAUGAGCAGCAGGAGGGUCUCAAGACUGAUAAGCAGCCGAAGGAGCCCAGGGUGGAAAGAGCAGCCGGAGAUGCCACGCCAUCAAUGGCCAUGGCCAUCCCAGUCGCCGACUUGGAUGAGAAGCCCUCGACAAGCAGUCGAGUGGUUGGCAUAACAGGCACUUCCGCUGCAACAAUGGAAUCGGCUUCGGUGCCUGUGGCUGGCAGCAGCAAUGUGGAUGCUGCAGCUGUAGCAGCAACUGCAACAUGUACGGCAGCAACGUCGACCCCGACGGCGGCAACAACCACACCAUUAGCAGCGUCGGGCAAGCCAAAUGAUUGGGUUGUUAUUCCAGUGUUUGCGGAUAUUGUUAAACUGGCAUUGGCCGAGCGUGAGAACUGUUUGCAGCGCUUAGCAAAUGGCCACAUCAAUAUGGCGGCCUUCGAUCGAAUGGCGGCCAUUGUCGGGGCAUUUACCAAACACAUGCAGGCGAUGAAGGCGGCGCCGGCGCCAUCUAGCGGGGAGUACGAGCACUUCUGCCGGCACAUGCAGCAAACAACGAAACUCGGCGAGGCGGAGCUAAUGAUGGCCUCAUUCGACUGCGAGGAACCCAAUAAUGCUGAGAAGCUAAUGUACGAUUUAAACUAGUCGUGUAGUAUAGGAUAUCUGUAGGUUAAGCUAAUAGUAGCGCCUAAGAAUGCAUUAACUGUCAACUUAAAUCAGAAACUGUAAAUACAUGUUAGCUUAAACACCUAGGUGUAAGAUAUUAAACAAUAAGUAGCUAAAAAUAAACAAAUUAGCUGUAAAAACAACUUA